AAUCCAAAAAUCCCCUCGUAACGGCCUUUUACAAACGAGACAGUCUCCACUUUUCUCUGCCACCAAUCUAGAGAGAGAAUCUAGAGAGAGAAACUAGUGGGUUUAUUAUUAGUUUAUCAGCACAGUUUUCAACGAGAACACUCACUUCACUCUACUACUUAUAGUAUUUCAAUUCUUUUUGUUUUUUCAAAUUUUUUAAUAUUUUAUAUUUUUGGGUUUGGGUUUUAUGUAUAAAUUAGUUUAAAGUGGUGGGUUGAGGUUGAAUGUGGUGACCCGAGAGUCGUCGAUCUGUCAAGUAACGGCUAUUUUAUUUUUUUCGUUUGGGUUUGUGAUUGUUGAGAGAUUGUGUGUACUAUAGUACUCUUUGGAUGGAUUACAACGAUGACAGUGGCAAUGGGGAACAUUGGAACUGGCAAGGGGAGAAUUAUUGUAUACAAAAGGAAUCUAAUUAUGAUGCAACUGAAGGUAUAUGGAAUGAUGUGGCUUUGAAUGAGGAAGAUAUUUCCUACAUGUUAGAUGAGACGACAACGCCGGUUAAGGCUUGUGGGGAUUUGGCUUACCAUGUUAAUGACACUGACGACAAGGAAUUAGAAGAAUGCAGGGAGAGUUCGUCGCAGAUAAAGAGGCGCCGAAUGUUGCAAUUUGAUGCUCAGUCGGCUGAUUCUCCACUCUGCCAUGAGGAUAUUUCGUCUGUUUUUCUUCAAUCAAAUGAGAGGGAGGACUCACUUGAUGAAAUUUUACCUCAAGCAUCAGAUUGGAUGCCUGGUUUUUCAGAUGUGUCUGCCUCCAGUUAUGAGGUCCUCGAUCAGUCAUCCGAAAGGUGGCUUGCUAAUUGCAUUAAUGACACUGACAUGGACUAUAGCCCUAAUGAUAUGAAUUUUCCUGGAGCAUCUGAUAUUCAGAUUGAUGUAUCAGAGUUCUGCAGCACUCCAAUUCGGAAUGAAGCCAAUGUUAUUCAAAAACGUCUUACAAGAUCUUCGCGGAAUGUAAUUAUUAAAGGUAAGAAGACCCUUAUACGACCACCCACGAAGUUAGCCUCUUCUAUUGUAUAUCCAUUUAACUUCAUCAAACCUUGUGGAUUCCACGGAGAUGUUACUCUUAAGGACAUAAACCAGAAGAUUCUCACUCCCCCACCAUCAAAGUCAAAGCAAAUUGAGGACGAUCCAUCUGCUUAUCCCACUUCAGCAUUUUCUGGGAAGCCUGUUGUUGGCAAAACUAAAAUUCGCACCGAAGGAGGAAAAGGUAGCAUCACAAUCAUGCGAACCAAAGGCUGAAUAGAUAAGUGUUUUUGCCAGACUUUCAUUUUUGCAGCCCGAUAAACUCUUACCCCAUUGUGUUAUGGGGUAAGAGUUUGAUUUUUGUUUUGAAAGCUGUUCUUAGCUCUGCACCUUUCUCGGGCCUUCAAGUAUAGAUGUUGAUAGCUGAAUUUUCUCGUUCUCAUUCAGUUUCGUUUUGGAAUUCAUAAAUCACAUGAAAGUGUUUAUGUUUCCAAGGAGUAAUUUAGGUGCCAACGGCAGUUGUGUCAUAUAUAUUGACUCUGGUCUAGGACUAAUGAUAUCUUGAUAUGAGAUCUCCAUAUGUUCUUUUGGCUUUGAAAGGCCUUGUUAGUGUUUUUGCUGAAUUCCUCUAGAAGUGCAAUGCCAUUUGUAUUUGGACUGUGUAUUUGAAGUUGUAUUGACAUUAUCAUGAGUAGAAAAACAAAAAAAUUCAGCUGGCA